AUGUCGUACGAUCUCGGAUCACAACCAAUUCGUAUGAAAUGUCCUCACUGCAAGGCAAAAAUGACGACAAAAAUUUCAAAUAAAAUAUCAAAUGGAACUCAUUUUGAUGCUUGCAUAAUGUUCAUGUGCUUCUUUCCGCUAGCUUGGCUUCCUUACUGUGUCAGUAGAGACAAGACAGAGCACCGUUGUUCAAAGUGUGAUGCUUUAAUUGGAACUGUCAACCCAUUCUCAUCAUCCGAGUGCAUAGUCUGCAAGUGGUGCUACGAAGAUGAUAUCUAUGAUGAAGUAAUCACAUAUGACGGAAAUCAUUAUGUUUACUUCCCAGAAAAUUAUGUAUGCGAUUCAAGACAAGCUAAUAUUUUUCAUUCUAAUGAGUUGCCAACAUCAGUUGAGGACAGUGGAGCUGUAGAUGCAGCAGUUUGUUUUAUUAUUUAA